ACAUUGUCUUGUAAAUGCAAAAUUUCAGAUUUACAAAGGUAGGUUUGUUAUGAGCUUUUAGGCUCUAACAACCUGCUUUUUAGGAAUAAGUGGAAGAAAGAUAAUAUUGUAAAGUACCCACAUACAUUUUAGGCCUUUUCCGUGCAAGGUUAUUUGUGAGAAUUAUAAGAUAUCAUGAAAUUAAGUAGGAUUAUCUCGUUUAUAGGAGUGGAAGCUGAAGUUCAGCAGUAGAAACUUGCCCAAGGCCACAUAGUUUUAAUAUUGGGCAGAGCUAAGAGUCAGACCCCAAUGUUCCUACCUGGAGAGCCCUUUCCAACAUGUCGUAUUGUCUGUAGCCGGGGAAAUGAGCUAAGAUGAGGGGCUUUACAAAAAUCCAUUUAAAAAGUCAGUGACAGAAUCAGGUUUAGGUAUCAUGAUUUUGUAAUACAGAUGACUGGUUGUGUCCCCCAAAACCCAAAUAGCACAUACUCUGUUCCACCAGAAGUGCAGCAGGAUUAGAUGGUUUCAGUGCACAUUGGAUAAUACAGAUUUCAUAAUCUGACAUAAAACUAAAACAUAGGAGAUUUAUAGAGGAGAUUCUAUAGCGCUAUCAAUGUACCAAACUAUUUUAUUCUCUGGGUUUUAUAUUCUGAGAACAGUUACCAGCCAUCUCAAAAUCUGAGGUCAUCAAGGCUCUCCCAGGGUUGUCACUGGUUGGCUUCCACUUACUUUGGGGCGACUUUAAAGGCACAGCAGGCAGAGAGCAACUGACUUUACCUGGGUUUGAUCUUGGAACUAGGAAAGAGAAAUGUUUUGAAAACCAUUUCAAAGUUUAAAAGAUAAUAAUCUACCCUGGAGAGUUUGAGGUCUUUGGAGAAGCUUUAAUUGGUAGAGCAGAGGAGAAUGUAAUUCUGGAAAGUAUUGUCCAGUGAGGGGAACUGAUGUGAAAUGGGUAUUUUGAGCCACUGAGUUUCUUCCAGCUCACGUAUUCACUUUGUGCCCUGGUCUAUCUUUUGUCUAAGAUCUAUAUACGCAAACUUCCUAUGUGAGCUCAUCCUCUCCCUGAUUUCCAAAGUUUUCUCUAGCCCUAGCCUUGCUUUGGAUUUCCAGGCCCAGAUUUUUCACCAAGUCUUGAAUGAUUGCAUCAGCCUGUCUUGCUACCCACUCAAGUCCAGCAUGCUCAAACCCAGGACUGCACUUGAGAAGGCUUUUGCUUCCAAAGUUUAGGUUUUAAUAAGAUGAGCAUUUGGACCAUGUUAUCUCCAGCAAAGUGGAAGGUGAUUUAGGAGCUGGAAGGUGAAUGGAAAUGAUUCUGUAAUAAAUGUCAAAUCUAGAAGUUCUAUCAAAGAAUUUUUAAAAGACCAGUAUUUUGUCUUUUUGUUUAAUGUAGGGUUUUUAAAUUGCAGGGCUCAAGGGAAAGUCCCUACCCAGCGGUCCCAACCUGUAGGUUGCAAAAUUAUUUGGGCCUCAGAGCUGUAUGUACUCUUGUCAGAUCAUCUUUGGAAAAGAACAAAUCUGUUUAAUCUUCAGGUUAAAUUUAAACCAUGUGAAAUUGCCAAAUGCCGAUGAUACCCUGUAAAAGCAAAAAGAAAACAGUGCAUAGGUUCAGCCUAAUAUAAACGUUCCUUAUAUUGUUGCAUAAACUGAGCUAGGACGUUGGGGAAAAGGUAGAUGCGAGAUUUCCAGAGCAUCGGGAGGAGGGCCGCGGAGGAGAGGGCGUGGUGGAAGGAGGUCCCGGCGCUAGAGGAAACCGGGGACGCCGGCUCCACUCUCCGCCUCAAUUCUGGCCAACGCAAGCUUGGCCACACCCCCCUUUGCAACCGCCGUAAAGUGUGGUGUCGUGGCCCCGCCCAUUUCGGCGCCUCUUGUGGCGCCGGCGCCCUGGGCUUUUUGCGCGGGAAAAGGGUGUCGCCCACGUCUGCUCAGCGUCACUGGAGUCAGGCUUAUUUCGCUGAGGUCGCCGCCGGCUGCGCACCGCUGCCGGCCAUGGGGCUUCUGGAGCUGUGCGAGGAAGUGUUCGGCACCGCCGACCUUUACCAAGUGUUGGGCGUGCGGCGCGAGGCCUCAGACGGCGAUGUCCGACGCGGCUAUCACAAGGUGUCCCUCCAGGUGCACCCGGACCGGGUGGGCGAGGGCGACAAGGAGGACGCCACCCGCCGCUUCCAGAUCCUUGGGAAGGUCUAUUCCGUUCUGAGUGACAAAGAUCAGAGAGCAGUGUACGAUGAGCAGGGAACAGUGGACGAGGAUUCUGAUGUGCUCAGCCAAGAUCGGGACUGGGAGGCCUAUUGGAGAUUACUGUUUAAAAAGAUAUCUCUAGAAGACAUUCAGGCUUUUGAGAAGACAUACAAAGGUUCAGAAGAAGAGCUGGCUGAUAUUAAACAGGCCUAUCUGGACUUCAAGGGUGACAUGGAUCAGAUCAUGGAGUCUGUGCUGUGUGUACAGUACACAGAGGAACCCAGGAUAAGGAACAUUAUUCAACAAGCCAUUGAUGCCAGAGAGGUCCCGCCCUAUAAUGCCUUUGUCAAAGAAGCAAAGCAAAAGAUGAAUGCAAGGAAAAGGAGGGCUCAGGAAGAGGCUAAAGAAGCAGAAAUGAGCAGGAAGGAGUUGGGGCUUGAUGAAGGAGUGGAUAACUUGAAAGCACUCAUUCAGAGCAGACAAAAGGAUCGGCAAAAGGAAAUGGACAAUUUUCUGGCUCAGAUGGAAGCAAAGUACUGCAAACCUUCCAAACGAGGGGGGAAAAAAACAACUCUCAAGAAAGAAAAGAAAUAAUGGAAUUUUCUCUUCAAAACUCCUUAGGUGUUAAUUGAUGCCAUCGUAGGCAAGGUGCCGUCAAGAUUUGAAGACAAAAGUUAACCCUUGAGAAAAGUUAUCUUUCAAGCCUAAAUGAUUCAGCUCAACUACAUAAACCAAACAGAAUCUCUCAACCUGAUGUUAGUAUAUCCUGGAAACACCAUGACAUUCUGUGAGGUCCUCCUAUGAAGGAAUUUGGUGGUGAUCAUUGAGGGAGCGGAAGGGUAUAUGCUUCCUGACAGCACUCUUCUAUGGGUCUUCUGUACAAGGAACUGUACCUAUAAUGCAGAUCUAUCCCUACCACAUUUAGCAGUUGUCAUUUUGUCACACAGGAGUGAGCUGCAGGGUAUUUAAAGGUGUGUGUUUAUUAGAACAGGUACUUUACCUAGCCUUCAACACACUUGCUGGACAUCUGUCUUCCAAAUACUUGCCAAUUUACUUUCAGUCUUUUUUUUUUUUUUUUUUUUUUUUUGUGGUAUGCGGGCCUCUCACUGUUGUGGCCUUUCCCGUUGCAGAGCACAGGCUCCGGACGCGCAGGCUCAGUGGCCAUGGCUCACGGGCCUAGCUGCUCCGCGGCAUGUGGUAUCUUCCCGGACCGGGGCAUGAACCCAUGUCCCCUGCAUCGGCAGGCGGACUCUCAACCACUGCGCCACCAGGGAAACCCCUGCUUUCUUAAUGUUCUUGCAUAGACCCUCUCCUUUUUGUUUUACAACUAAGUUUUGCACUCUUUGCUUGAGGUUUAUAGGAGAAACAGGUGUUCAGAUAACUUCAAGCAUCUUACAUGAUUAAAUAAACAAGUAAAAAAAUGACUGUUAAGUUCCAGGAGCUUUUUAAAUGAUCCCAGUGUGAUCAUUUAAAAGAUGAUCUAGAAACGAUAUGAAUGGUGCUUAGGAUAAAGAAGAGAGAAGAAAAGUAGUCGUAGUCAGCAUUGUAGCAGAUAGCCUGGUUUAAGUUGCCUCAAGAGAUGUUGUAGUCCUGCCUGUAACUGCUGAAUGUCCUUAAGUCACUGAGCUUGUCUGAACUUCUUUCCUCUAUAAAAGAGUAAGGGAGCUGGGCUAAAUGACUUGUUAGAGGCUCCUUCUGACUCUUAACUUUAACCUUGAAAGGCAAGCCGUCUUGAUCCAGUGGCUUGUUAUUAUGUACUCCUGGUAUUGAUUUGUGAGAAUGGUACAGAGAUUUUCACUUAUAUUUAGUUGAAUUGGUAUGAACUCAUUAGAAUAUAUGGAAAUUUUUUAGGGACUGUUCAACUUAAAAUCUCUGAUUUGUAAGCUAAUAUAUUCAAUACCAUAUACAUAAAACAAGCCUUCUGUUACUGAGAUUUAUGUAUCAUGAUUUAUCUGGGGUAAGCCCAUGACACGUUUUCAGUUUGUGAUUAUAAACAGGUUAAAAAAUACUCUUUAAUUGCAUCAAAAAUACAAUUUUAAUGCAGGUUGUUUGAAGCAUCCGUCUUCAUGUGAUAGCAUUAGAUAAGUGCGAAAUAAUAAAAUUACCCCAAUUGAAUUGAUCAACUCUGAAGAUUAACAGUAAGAUCUAAAACCAGUAUGAUCAUCAAAAUUAAAAUUCAGUGAAAUUUAAAUAAAAUAAAUGUAAGCCAUAGUUAAAACCAUUGUUAAUGAGUGCACUCAGGAAAGGUCCAUGUGAAAAUUGGAAGAAUGUCCAAGUUCUCUUCCUUUGCUCUUAGGAUAUGUUUAUACUGGACUAAUUUGCAGGGUUUCUGAAAUUUUAAGAAGUUGUGUCUUGCUGGCUCACUAAUAGAAAUAUUCUAUAAAUUUUUAAAUUGCCUUUCUUAGAUCUGCAGGAGAAAAUCGGCAAGGUGAGUUUAAUAUUUGGAAAUAAAUACGACCACUAAAGUACUUUAAGAAGAAAAGAAGCAUAACCUGAUGUCAAGCAGGUGUUGUGAGGUUGAGUCGUCCUAUGUGAAAAAAAAAUCCAUUAUGGUUUAUUACAUAGGUUACUUUACACCAGUGCUCAACAUUUAUGUCUUUAGUUACUCACCCCUGCCAUAUCUGUCUGCCUAUGGAAUUGGACAUCUAAAGAGAAAACUUUAGGAACGACUCACCUGUUUGAUGAGUAGCUCAGAUUUUUGACAGCACUGUCUCCUAAAAAUCACGUAAAAGUGAGUACACCUGUCCAAAAAUUAACGCAAGCAGAAGUAUUCCGAAGCCAGUGAUAAUGUUAUCAAACAAUUUCCUACUUUUUGUGUAUGUAUAGUCUGAUAGAAUCCUGUAAUAAUUGAACUGAUCAUUGUUAACAGACAAUAUGAACAGUGAUUUGGAGGAUAUUACUCUUUUGUUACAUCUUUGGGUACAAAUUUUACUGUCCAGUGAAAUGGUUAACUUAUGCUGAAAGAAGACAGUAACUGGAGAUAGAAGCAGUACCCAUGUAAUCUUUGGCUGAUACUGUUCUCAGUCUGUUGUACCAAAAUAACUCUUCAUGAAGAUAGUUUCAAGUUGUCUCCUGCUUACAAGCUCUGCAUCACGAGAUGACUGAACACUGAUUUGUGAAAUCUUCCCACAUGUUCCCUGCAGCAUGAGGCAGGUUCUUCUCACUUGCCCUAUGGUCCCUGCCUGGUUCUAGUGAUAGGUCCACCUCUGUUUUGAGAUUUUGUAGAUCCAUGUAACUGAGGACCUGUCAGACAAAGAUGACAUCAUAGAGUAACAUUAGUAGACAUUCUAGAUUUGAUUGUCUCAAGUUCAUGUACGGGCUUUUUUGCUCCAGUUAUCAGUUAGACUUUAAAUUUGGAGCCUGUGACUAGUAAAGUAUAUAUUUACCAAGGCAAUAAAAAUCAUGUUUGUGUAUUUUAUAAUGUAAAAAUAAAGAAACAAAAUCUAUAUUUAGAUAUGAAAGCAGUAACCUAAUUUUAGAAAAUAGCCACUAAUUUAAAAGGACUUACCUAAAUAUUAUACUAGUUAUACUUGACCGGCAGCAUGGCCAAAUGUAAUAACUAGCUCAGAGGCAGCAGUGCUUCUCUGAGAACUGAUCCAAGAACCGAAUCCACUGAAAGCAUUCAAAGACUACCAAAUGAUGCUACUAGGAACUGAACUAAAAGAAUUCACUUGGAUUACAGAGAAGGUUUGAGGCAGAUUACUUUUUAAUGUACUUGCUGAUUAAUCUGAUUAUUAACAGGAAACAUUUCAACUGCCCAAUAGUUCUAAAUUUCACCUAUAACAUAAGGAGAAAAUGACCCUGAUGGUGAGACCAUUAUAGGAAGAAUUAAGACAUCCUUAAAUUUUCUCUCAUCACUCACAUGAAAAUAGAAACUAUAGAAUAUAACUUAGAAGACAAAAAAGUUAAUGGGAUAGAAUCAGACUCCUUGUGUCUUGACAUUGUGAAUUUCUUUUCUUACCUUGGCCUAGCAGCUUAACUGACCAGAUCAGUUUAAUCCAUAGCAAUAUGGGGUUUGCCAAGUAAUAAAAUCCAUGCAGUGUUUGAAUGUUACGAAAAUGACUUAUUUGGCUUAAAUUUUUUAGAUUAAAAAAAAAAGUAGUUUGCCGGAAUGGCAAGAGGUUAAUUUUUAUAUGAGAAAACAGAUCUGGAACUUUCUGGCUUUGAGCAGUGGAGUUCUGUAAUUUUUUUAUUAUAUCCCAUAUUCCAAAAUGAAUUUGAGGUAAUUUACAAAGAUGUAGGAAAACAAAAUGUAAUAAAAUCUGGAGGAAGGAAAAAUAAACAUGGAAAACAGCAGGGUCUUAACCACAUAGUAGUAAAAUAAAAGCCAUGGCCCGACCUGUUCCUGCAGAUCCCCUACCAGGUCGGGCCUGAUGAGGAUGCUCAGUAGUACAUGAACGACGAUACUGUGUGUCCGGCUGAAAAAGAGAGAAGAUGAGACACUUCUUACGAUGUGACUUCUCCCAGAGGAUAAUGUGUUACUUGGUAGGAGGGAAAACCUUGAAGUUGGACAGCAAUGUAAUCGACAUCAUCUGACAUUCUGAGGGACAAGUUGGCUAAGUGUACUCUUACGUUCCAAGUAAGAAAAAUCCCAAGCCAGAAGCCCACAGAGCCAUUGUUAACUUGUAAAAAUUUCAAGUUCUACAACUUUAUUAAUAUGUCUUUAAGAAAAUCUUAGCAUUUAUAAAUAAUCCGUAUGGUUUAAUAUUUCUAAAUACUUAAAAUUGGCUGUGAAGGGAAUUUUUAUCUGAUUUCCAUUGCCUGCUGUUUAAAACAACAGAACCAGAACCUUUUCAGCAACAUUGAAACACCCAUGACUACUUCCAUGCUUGAAAUGUGACUCUCAAUAUGGAACUCAAACAUUUCAAAAUUAUCUCAAGGGAUUUAAAGAUUUUAAGAUACAACUAAAAUACCUAAAUGCAGAUAUUAAAAAAAGCUAUCAAUACCAUCCCACUGGUACUUCUAGAAUUAAAACGUCCCUCUCAGUUUCCUGUCAGCACUGGUAUUAAGAGAUUUGAGAUUUUUUUUUUUUCUUUCCUGAUGAAGCCCCAUGUUUUCUAUCAGGGAUCAGCAAACUUUUUUUUGUGUAGAGGGCAAGAUAGUAAACGUUUUAUGUUUUGUGGUACAUACUGUCAGUGGAACUCCUCAGUUCUGCUGUUACAGUAGGAAAGCAGCCACAGACAGUGAAUGAGCGUGGUGGCUCUGCUCUAAGAAAACUUUAUUUACAAAAACAGGCAGUAAGCCGAACAGCCCAGGAACUAGGACAGAGGAAAGAAAAGAUUCUUCCCUAGGACCUGCAGAGGGAACAUGGCUCUGCUGACACCUUGAUUUUGGACUUAAUAGGCUCUGGAAUUGAGAGAAUAAAUUUCUAUUGUUUUAAGCCACCCAGUUUGUGGUAAUUUGUUAUAGCAGCCCUAGGAAACUAGUACAAUGUCCCAUUCAUUUACUACUCUCACCACUCUUCUAAUGGAGGAAGAAUCGUACAGUGCUUUAGGCUGAUACAGUUUUAAGGGUUAUGAGUUGAGAUAAGUGUGUUGCAAAUACCACUGUCUUGAAAACUGGUAUAGGAUGUGGGUUCCUGGUGCCUGGUUCCUGGGCCAUAAGUGUAGCCCCAGUCACUUCCUAGGCUCUCCAAGCCCUCUUGCACAAAGCAAACGAGGUGGGGCUGAGCUCCUGGCUUACAAUUUUGGGCAAGGUGCAUGAUCUCCAGUCUCCCAAUCAGGUUUUUUUCUAUUGUUUAAAAGUAAAAGGGCUAGUAAAUGUACAUUAAGUGGUAAGGCAUUGUCAGCAUUUCAAACACCAAUUAACUAAGAACCCCCAAAAGUCUUAACUCGCACAUCCACCAGUCCACAUACAUAAUCUGAUACCAUUUUUUGUGUAAUUCCCUAAGAGCAGUGUUAGAGAAUGAAGUUAAUGCUAAUCUGAUACACACUGGGGUUUAACAUUUUGCUUAUUCUCAGAAAUAGCUAAACUUUAAAUUGCUUAGAAUUUGCAAUUUAUGUAUAAGUUAAAAGAAUGAGUGACAGAGACCAGUUAGAGUUUCAACAAAAUAUACUUAAAACUUAAAAAUAUUAUUUUUAUUAGAACCUCAUCUUUUAUUCUUAGAGUUUGAUUAAGCCACCAUGUAAAGCCUUAAGUCUGCCAAACUAUUUUUUUCCCCUUUCCUCAACUAUCAAGACCAUAGAGGAAGUAUGUCACUCUACCAGAAAUGACUGAGUUGUGUUGGGCCUGGAGAAAAAGUCUGGUAAAAGGAGCCUCUCGUGGGGCUGCUGAUGGUUAGGCUCAUCCACCGCUGCACUUCGAGCUCGACUGGAAUCGCCAUGGGUUUUCUGCAGAAGAGAUAAAAAUUACAGAAACAGUUAAUUCGUAGUGGAGCUGUGCAUGUCCUUUAUCAACCCUAACAGGUAUGGUCACUGCAGGCCAAGCAGCUCCAAUGCCAUCGUUAUGAAUCAGAAUUCAGUGUGUACUUUUGACAAAAUAUAGUGUUAAGUCAAGACCAGAGCACAGACCCUGCAGAAUUACUGACCCUGAGGUUUUACAAGCACAUUGAAAGGCAAUAGGAAAGACAUACCGUUUGCCUUUGUGGCCCCACAGUACUCAAGUGUUCCACUUCAGCUGUGCCAAUAGGUGGCAGCAGAUUAUUUCGACUCAGGGGCAGUGGUGAGGGAGAGGAGAGUGAGUCGGCCGCCACUGGGCUGCAGAUCCCAUCAGCAGAAACCAAGACAUGAAAGCAUAAAGUUAUAACAAUAUAAGCAAACUGAUUAGAAUCAAAUAAAUUGAGCAGAUGAGUUUAAUUUCAUGCACAGAAAGCUUUAAGCUGCCUACAUUUUUAAGUGAAGAGAUCUCAAUGAAAGGAUUUUGGAGAAUUAAAGUUUUGGGUUUCCUUCAUAGUAUUUUCUUAUUGUUGAAACUUCAUCCUGAGCAUACAGCAGAAGUUGACCCUUUCUCCCACAGAGAACUGGAAUAAAACAAUUUUCCCUAUAUUGUGUUGUAUUUCUCUGACAGUUACGGAUUUGUAAUUUCACAUCUGAUGGAACUCACAGUUCUGGGCUUUCUGGUUGUCCUUCUCACUAAAAACUAUAAUUUCCAGGUAAAGUUCCUAAACUUAUUUCCUUCCAUGGGAUUUGGAGCAGUUUGCAGUAUUACUCAUGCCCAAGAUAGUAAUUAAAAGCUGAAUGAUACUUUUCAUGUCCCAGAAAAAACAAAGCAGCUUACUUUUCCACUUUGAAAAAAGCACUGUCAGAGGGAUGAGAGAUUAAUUAUACAUCAAGACCACUCAUACUCAAAUGAAUGUAUAGCUAUAUCAGUAUAGAUAUAGGUAUAUCAACAAAAUAGAGAGCAGCUGAGAACCUUGGUGUCCUAACAAAGAUUUUUGGUGGUUUUGGACACCUCUUUUAGUAAGUCUAUUGGGAUAAAUUGUAACAAGAAAUUGAAAAGUCAAAAUCAAGAAGUGUUGGGAGAGAAGUAUAGUGACGUCCUAGAUUUAGAGGCUGAAUUCAAAACACAGUUAUGGUGUUGUCAUCUCACACCCUUGUUCUUAGUCUUAGAAAUUAACUAUCCUAAGAUGUUUUGUAAGUCAACAACUAAUGAAAGAAUUUUAUUUUAAAGACUUGGCUUGGUAUUUUUUGCACAGUGAGGCUCAGAGUGUCUAGUGAAUGAAAGGUGGGAAAAGGGAAGAGAACAUGUUUAGUGUUACUUCCUAAGACGUGCCAAGGGACAUAUUUCCUGGUGUAUAAGCAUCUACUUAUCUGAGGUUUUAAAGUUUUCAUUGUCAAUGGAAUAGGUAGAUCCUAAUGGUCAGAAAAAUAUUAAAGGAGAAUUAACUAUUAUUUGGGGAAGAAUUUCACUGAGGAUGUUCCCACUAAGGAAAAUGUUUUAAUAAAAUACAUAUGUCUUUUAUUCCUUUGGUGAGUUCUACUGAAGUAUUCUAGCCAACAUUUUAUUUGUAGAAAUAUAAAUCUUUAGCUAAAUCAAUAGGAAGAUCCAGUAUAUCUAUAUUUCAUUCAAAUUUAACUCCAUUUUUUCUGUAUUAGAUUUACACCAGUGUGCAGUUCAUCAUAAGAAUAUGUAAUGAUUACUGUUUAGGCAUAUAUUUCAAUCUUAGAUUUAAAUUCAUUCUCUAUGUAAAAUUCUUCAUUAGUUUUACCAUAGAUUCCAGAUAUUCUGCUUUUGAAACCUACACUCGGGAUCCUCUGAGUAUUUCUUCCAUAGGUCUUGGUGUUCCAGCGCGUGAAUGGCUUGUGCUGAUGGGAUGAAGGGUACGUGGUGGGGGAUUGCGUCUCCUGGCGGACUGCACUGUAUAUGACAGAAAUGAUGUACUAAGCUCCAGGGCUCGAUUUGGCCAAUUUCGAGUUGAAAGGAUGGUACUGGACCCAGGCCUCAUAAGUAGCUUGUCAUCAAGAUCUCUAGUGUCCAAAUAUCAGAAACCCACAGUGAGAUCAAGAUUGCUCUGUACAGGGAGACAGAACUCAAAAGGUAAAAAGCCUUAGACUAUAAAAUACAUUCAAGGGAGAAAAAAGCAAAAAGAGAAAACAAUAAAUAACCUAGUUUUAGAAGUUACAUAAUCUAGCUCAGGCAUGAGAAUGUGUACCUAAAAGAAGGACAUCAUUUCAGUCUUACACAUAAUUUACUAGAAUGGAGACUUGGAAAAGCAAGUCCAUUUUUCACCUGCCAUCACAGUCACUUCUUCAGUUACUGAUAAAGACUAACCUGUAGGGUACCGACUCCAAAGUGCUUCCCAAAAGUUUACCUCAGGGUCUGUGCUUCCUACCAUGUUUGAAGCAUUCUUUUGUGCUGAAGGAAUGUCACCAGAAAGACUUAGUUGAAAGGCCAAUAUUGCUGCUUAGUAGUGGUGUGGCACUAGUGUGGCUCCCACUGCAGAGAUUAAAAUGCUGAGCUAGCUGGAGCCUACAGGGAUAGGGGGUUCCUUGGAAAGCUGGGAACAGGCAAAGGGUCCAGAGCUUUGUACAGCCCAGGGCAGUAGAUCCCCAUUUGCAUAAACAACUGUGAAAUAUAACACUUUCCUGUAAGUACUCUGAUAAAAUACCAUGCUCAACAGUUCAGUAGCUUAAACUCUGCCUUGUAGAUUCAGCGGCUUUGUUUUUGUGUUUUAAGCAGAUGAGAGAAUGUUUGAUUCUAUUGUAAGGCACCUAAGAGAUAGUAUUUACACUGUGAUGUGGAGGGGAAGUGAAAGAAUAAAGCUCUGCCAUGUGCUCUUGGCUUUCAGCAAGUUCCUCAAUCUUUCAGGCCACUUUGGUGUCCUCUAGUGCAAAAUAUGCCUCAGGGUUUGGAGAACUUUGAAGGAAAAAUGCCCAUCACAGAAUAGGGCUAAACCUUGAGCAUUACUCAUAUGAGAUCUUUCUGAUCUUCCUAACCAUUCACUUAAGCCUUUUCUUUACACAACCUACUGCUUUCUAAUUACAGGGGUUUAGGCCUUAGCUGCUCUUUGUUCAUCUUUAUUCUUCCUCUGGACUAUUCAUUCAUAACUGGAUUUAUCACCUCCACACUUCUAGAUCAGCCUUCAAAUCUGACCUUCUACAUGGCCCAUCAUUGUAAACUCAACACACCCUAAGCUCAUUUUCCCCCUGCCAAACAAGCUUUCCUUGAGCUUGAAAUCUGAGUUGACUUUGAUUCCUGUAUUUUUAUAGAAUGUGAUUUCUUUUGCAAUAUCUCCUAAAAUAUUUCAUUCCUUUUUUUAGUCUUGCUACAACUUGAGAACAGACCCAUAGCAGCCUGAACUCCUGCAUUAGACUCCUUACUUUCAUUUCCUCCUGCAUCAAUCCAAUCUGUGUCCUACUGCUGUGAAAUCUAUCUUUCAGAUUCCUGUUUUAAAUAUAUGUGCUCCCCAGCUGGACUCACACAUUGCUCACGUGGGAAUGUAAAAUGGUACAAUUCCUUUGGAAAAUUGUAUGGCAGUUUAUUAUAAAGUUAAGCAUACACUUAACCUAUUCUGUAACACUUUCACUUCUAGAUACUGAAAAAUGAGACCAUAGGUCCACAAAAAAGACAUGUGCAAGAAUAUUUAUAGUGCCUUUUAUACAUAACAGCCCCAACCUGGAAAAUAGCCCAAGUGUUCAUUAACGGAAGAAUGGAUAAACAAAUUGUGGUGUACUAUUACAAUAGAAUACUACUUGGCAAUAAAAGAGAAUCACAUGCAACAACAUGGAUGGAUCUCAAAAACAUGACAUUCAAAACCCUCCAUAGUCUGGUCCCAAAGUUCUUUAAUUUCAUAGUGUCUUCUUUCCCACUAAUCACACCAUGGUCUAUUUUAGUUGUAGAAGAUUGUCAGUGGUCUUUGAUCAGAACAUUAAAAUUCUAACCUAUUGCUUCCUAUCCUACUACAGCAAAAAUGGUCGGCUUUCUCUUCUAAAUAUUUGUAUUUUCCUGUUUCCAAACCUUUUUCCACACCAUUCCUCCUGCCUAGAAUAGCCUUGCUGCUCUUCUCUGCUUAUCCAAACUUCUGUCUUUCAAGGACACGUUCAAAACCUACACUUACCCACCAAAAUGCUUCCCUUCUUUGGGACUACCAUAGUGCUCACACUGAGUACACAAACUUCGCCCUCAGUCACAGGAAUGCCCUGUAUGGUUAGGUCUCUUUUUACCUUUGUGCCUUCUCAACAGUUAUUUUAUCAGCUCCUUGAAGGUGGAGACCAUUUUCCUUAUAUGUUUUUACUCCCCAGAUGUCUCUGGUUGCUUGGUACGUACUCAAUACAUGCAUGUUGAUUGACUGACUUUGCUUUCCUUUUAUUUCUCAGUGAUCUACUUAAACUCUAUAGUCUUAAAGUUUUAUACUUCUUACAGGAGCUUGUCCAUUAGGGAGAGAUUUCUUGGCUGUAGAGGCAUCCCAUGAACCAAGAGACCAUUCACAUUUGGCUGAUGACCACUUGCUGCUUGACAGAGACUCAUCUACAUAUCAAAAGAAGGUGUUACUCAUUGGUUGGUGAAGAUAGCAGCUUGGUUUCCCAACUUUGCCAGAAGUUAGUAUUUCCAAAUUAGGUCAUUUAUACAUUUUUCUCCUAUGCCUUAACUUUUGUAAAUCUUGGUCAGUACCCCAGCUGGAGCCCCAAGUCCACUGUCAAGAUGACAAGAUCAGAGUGCUUUCCUCUCCAUUUCUAAAUGGGGAAGCCUGGUCAACUUAGAUGAAAGCAAUUAAUAGUCACUCUCAUAGGGGAGAGAGGACCUUUAUUAUUAUUAUUUACAUUAUACUAGAAAACAAAAUAUGGAACAAAAAUGGGGAGAAUAGGGGUAAAUGCUAUCUCUUUUACCAUCACAUAAUCCUGUGCUCUGCACCAACUAAUGCUUUCUCCUUCACUACACCUGGAGCAGUCAGCUCUCAAAAAUAACGUAAAUUCUGAAGACUUUAUUAGAAGGAGUUAAUUGUAUUUUAAUGUUAGCAGGAUUUAAUCUUAACUGCCACCGCCACCUUAGUGUCCUGUUUAUUUUCUCUCUCAGUCAGUUAGGUGCCCUUUCUGGCCAGCUCCUUCUCUGCCACAGUAUGCAUUUUCCUCCUACUUUGUCUUAAGAAUGUUUGGAUUAUUGCUUCUCCUUCCUUUGGUCAUUAACAACCAGAACUGUGUACAUUAACUUUUCAGGGCUUAGGCUACCUAGGUCAUAACCAGGCCAGUUCAACAUGUAGAAGUAUUUUAUUACCAUCAUAGGAAUAUUAGAUUAUUACCUAGGUCAUACUCCAGUGUGAUAAGGUAUGGGCCUUACUGAGUUUAUUUUUAUUUACUUUUUUUUAUUGAAGUAGAGUUGAUGUACAUAUUAUAUAAGUUACAGGUGUGUACAGUAUAGUGAUUCACAAGCUGAGUUUACUUUUAAAUAACCCUUUUUAAAAUAUAGCUACACAAUAUCUGGCCAGUACACCAACAAAGCAAAUACUAGAUGUGGUACUAAACCCAGGCUCGAUGAGCAUGGGCCAAGGAUGAGAAUCCUUUUUCUUUUUAUCCCUCCCCUGCUCCCACACUUUUUUUGCUACAAGUAACACUGGGAAGCUAUCAUUGUAAGAACUGGGAUUACAUAAAUCAUUACACGUGGAUGAGACCAGGCUUAUCAACCUUCUGCAAGAAAUGGCCAUUUUUAUAUGCUUGUCUACAGACUUAUUUGAAACCAUUUUCUCCUCCCUUUGAUUUGCCUUUUACAUCUGGUUAUGAUUAGUAAACAUCCAAAAAGCAAAAAUGUCAACAGAUUCAAAUAUUAAAAAUAAAACAAAAACCAGGUAGUCUGAGAUAAGAGAAAAAAGAGGGAAGAAGUCAAAAAGAAAUUCAAAGGACAGAAUGUUAAGGCCAUAGAAGAUCUGAUAUUGGUCCCUCUUUUCAUAUUUUUCAUUUUUUCCAAAGCAGACUUAAGUUGACCGUAUAGUUGAGUCUAGAUUGCACAGCUUAUAGAUGACUUUUCAAAAGAGCUGAUUGAGAAUUACUUAUCAACUCUAAUUUUCUAUUAAUUUUUUAACAGGUUAAAUUUUUUUUAAUUGUGGUAGAAUAUACAUAGCAUAAUAUUACUGUGUUAACCAUUUUCACAUGUACAAUUCAUUGACAUGAGUGCAUUCGCUGCUAUUUUUUAAACUGAAAUUAAACUUAUCUUUGCAAAGAGUCACUGGAUUACUGUGAUAAACACAUAACUUUACUGGAAAAGAGUCAUAGUGAUACAAUUAAGGCAAAUAACUGAGCAAACUUCGUCUACAAGAACAGUCCUAGGUUCUCCAGUACAUUCCCCUGUGUGACUUACCGGAUUUGAGGUGAUGGACAGCACCUUAGACUGUGGCACUCGAGGUAAGACCAAAGGUUGUGGUGCAUUCAGCACACAGGGGCUUUCUGAAGCUGGUCUGGUGAUUGCAACAUUACUGUCAUCAUCUGAGCAAAGGAAUAGAAUCUAUUAUCCAUGAAUAUCUUCAGACCCACAACAACAGUACUGUGAAAAAAAAUGUUUCAUGAGAAUUCAUAAUCUCAAGAUAGGCUUCACAGCUUUGCAGCCCAGUUUCAUACCACCUGCACAGUUCAAAAAAACGCUUUAAACCAUGAAUUUAUUUUAAAGUGUUUCCCAGGCUGGUGAUUCCUGUUUGUACCUGGCAUAAGGAAAAGCAAAGAUUACUAGAGCAAAGCUGUCUAAUAGAACAUUUGGAGAUUGAAGGAAAUGUUCUACAUAUGCACUGUCCAGUAUAGUGGCCUCUAGCCACAUGUGGCUAUAGAGCAUUUAAAAUAUGGCUAGUGUGGGAUCUAAUCAAACUUACAAGCUUUUGCACAGCAAAGGAAACCAUAAACAAAACGAAAAGACAACCUACAGAAUGGGAGAAAAUAUUUGCAAAUGAUGCAACCAAAAAGGGCUUAGUUUCCAAAAUAUACAAACAGCUCAUACAACUCAACAACAAAACCCUAUCCAAAAAUGGGCAGAAGACCUAAACAGACAUUUACCGAAGAAGACAUACAGAUGGCCAUGAAAAAGAUGUGAAAAGAUGCUCAACACUGCUAAUUAUUAGAGAAAUGCAAAUCAAAACUACAAUGAGGUACCACCUCACACCAGUCAGAAUGGCCAUCAUUAAAAAGUCUACAGGGGGCUUCGCUGGUAGUGCAGUGGGUAAGAAUCUGUCUGCCAAUGCAGGGGACAUGGGUUUGAGCGCUGUUCUGGGAAGAUCCCACAUGCAGAGCAACUAAGCCCAUGCACCACAACUACUGAGCCUGUGCUCUAGAGCCUGUGCACCACAACUACUGGGCCCACAUGCCACAACUACUGAAGCCCACGCACCUAGAGCCUGUGCUCUGCAACAAGAGAAGCCACUGCAAUGAGAAGCCUGCGCACCACAAUGAAGAGUAGCCCCCGCUUACCGCAAGUAGAGAAAGCCCGCGUGCAGCAACAAAGACCCAAUGCAGCCAAAAAUAAAAUAAAUUUAUUUUUUUUAAAAAGACUACAAAUAACAAAUGCUGGAGAGGAUGUGGAGAAAAGAGAACCCUCCUACACUGUUGGUGGGAAUGUAAGUUGGUGUGGCCACUGGAAAACAGUAUCAAGGUUCCUCAGAAAACUAAAAACAGAAUUACCAUAUGAUCCAGCAGUCCCACUCCUGGGCAUAUAUCUGGACAAAACUAUAAUUGAAAAAGAUGCCCCUAUGUUCAUAGCAGCACUAUUCACAAUGGCCAAGACACGGAAACAACCGAAAUGUCCAUUAACAGAUGAAUGGAUAAAGAAAACAUGGUAUAUAUUAUAUAUACAACGGAAUACUACUCCUCUGUAAAAAAGAAUGAAAUAAUGCCAUUUGCAGCAACACGGGUGCAACUAGAGAUUAUCAUACUAAGUGAAGUAAGUCAGAAAGAGAAAGACAAAUACCAUAUGAUAUCACUUAUUCGUGGAAUCUAAAAAUGUGACACAAAUGAACCUUUGUGAUUCUGUGAAACAGAAUCAUGGACAUAGAGAACAGACUGGUGGUCACCGGGGGGAGGGCACUGGGGGAGGGAUGGAGUGAGAGGUUGGGGUGAGCAGAUGUAAGCUUUUAUAUAUAGAAUGGAUAAACAACAAGGUCCUACUGUAUAGCACAGAGAACUAUAUUCAAUAUCCUAUGAUAAAUCACAAUGGAAAAGAAUAUUUAAAAAAGAAUGUACAUAUGUAUAUAACUGAAUCACUGCUGUACAGCAGAAAUUAACACAUUGUAAAUCAACUAUACUUAAGUAAAAAAAAAUAAAAUUUGGCUGGUGUGAUUGAGAACAAUUUAAAUUUUACCUAAUUGUAAUUAAUUAAAAUUUAAAUAGCCACACACAACUAGUGAAACCUCAUGCCCAUUACCACUGCCAGUUUUUGUAAAUAAAGCUGUAAGAGUAAUUUGCUUAUUCUCAUUACUGUAUAGUACUCCAUCAUAUGAAUAUAUCACGUUCUGCUGUUGAGGGAUGUUUGGGUAGUUUCCAGUUUAUGUUUUCCAGUAUAUAAUGCUGUCAUGGAUAUUCUUAUAUAUGUCCUUGGGGAAGAUGUAUACUGAGUAUAUAGUAGUAUACGCAGCCACAUCCACUCAUAUACACAUUGUUUAUGGCUGCUUUCAAGGGCAGAGUUGAGUAGUUGCAACAGAGACUGGAUGGCUGGCAAAGACUAAAACAUUUACCAUCUGGCUCUUUAUACACAAAGUUUGCUGAUCCCUAUUUUAGGUCAAUCAACCCACUAAACCAGUCAGAGACCUUCCAGCUCCAUUAUAAGAUCAUUGUCUUUUUUUCAAACUUUAAGUUUCAAAAUCACAAUAGUUAUACAAUGAAAUAACCUAAAUUUAUGGAUGCAUGGAAAAAUAAACUAAAAGGAUAUUAAUUCAUAGCCUAACAUUGGUAAAAUUGUGAAAGGUAAAAUGAAAGUUUUCUCUGAAAACUUUCAGUGGUUGAUACUGAAAACUGAAGUAAUUCCUUUAUUACCAGGAUUUAUUAUUAUUGGGGUUUGGAUAUGUCUCUGGACUUUAUCUGUCCUGUAUCUCCCAAAACUUAACCUCACAUAAUAUGAAGCAGUUUGUUUUGAAAGGGUCUUAGACCUACUCUUCUCCAAUACCAGCUUUAAAAGGGAACUUAAACAUGCAUACAACAGAGUGGCUUUUAAAAAAAAAAAACUCACAUGGACAGUAUCAACUGUGGCAAACAUGUGGAGCAACUGGAAUGCUCAUACAAUACUGGAGAAAGUGUAAAUAGAUGCAUCCACUUUGGAAAAAAAUUUGGCAGUAACCACUGAAGUGGGAAUAGCAUAUCCUAUGACCUAGCAGUGCCACUGUUAUGUACCCACUACAUAUGUUCACCAAAAGACAUAUACAAGAAUGUUUAUAACAGCACUAUAUGCCAGCAGACAUAAACUGGAAACUACCUAAAUGUCCAUCAACAGUACAAUGUGAUAUAUUUAUACAAUAAAAUACUAUAUAACAAUGAAAAUGAACUAUUGUUACACUCAAAACAGUUGAAUCUAACAGUGUUGAGUUUAAGAAGCCAAAUGCAGAAGGGCACAUACUAUAUGAAUCCAUUCUUAAAAGUUUUAAAACAGGCAAAACUAAUCUGUGGUGCUGUAACUCAGGAUAGGUUUACUUUUGGGGGGUAGGAGUUUAGUAACAUGAAAGGGGCUUCUGAAGUGUUGGUAAUGUUCUGUUCUUGAUAUGAGCAUUGGUCAUACAAGUCGACUCAGUUUUUAAAAAUUAAUCAAGGGCUUCCCUGGUGGCACAGUGGUUGAGAGUCUGCCUGCCGAUGCAGGGGACAUGGGUUCGUGCCCCAGUCUGGGAAGAUCCCACGUACCGCGGAGUGGCUAGGCCUGUGAGCCAUGGCCGCUGAGCCUACGCAUCCGGAGCCUGUGCUCCGCAACGGGAGAGGCCACAACAGUGAGACGCCCGCGUACCGCAAAAAAAAAAAAAAAAAAAAUUAAUCAAGCUUGAUGUAAAUUUAUUUUGCAAUAUUCUAUAUAGAUAUGCUUUAUAUUUUUUAAAUAUAUUUUUAAAAUUUAUUUUGGCUGCACCAGGUCUUAGUUGUGGCACAUGGGAUCUUAGUUGCGACAUGCGGACUUCUUGGUUGUGGCAUGUAGACUCUUAGUUGUGGCAUGUAUGCGGGUUCUAGUUCCCUGACCAGGUAUCGAACCUGGGCCCCCUGCAUUGGGAGCAUGGAAUCUUACCCUCUGGACCACCAGGGAAGUCUCUCCCCUAGAUACACUUUAAUAGAAGUGUUUUUUUUAAUGUAUUUCCUGGACUUGUGCUUCCAGCCAAGAUGGAGCAACAGGGACUGGCUUUACCCUCCUGCUUAAAACAACCAAUAAAUCCGUGAAACAACAGCUUUUAAGACACUGGGCAUCAGGUAAUGAAAGACAGUGAACCAUGAGAUAGUAAACAAAUGAUGCUAGCUCUGCAACUGCCUUGAAAGAGUUUCCAAGACAUGACACAAAGAGGGAGAACAAAGGCAGAUCCUGGUGGACUCCCUGAUUUGAAAGUCCAGAGAGACCAAGACUGCUAGGGUUCAUAGGACAGAGUAUCAGAGAAGAAAAAUGCACAGAAAGGGAACCCAGGAUAUCUGUAGAGUGUGGGGUGUCCUUUGAGUACUCAAAGGAGUAUUGAACACUGCAUGUAUGAGAAAAAACCACCUGAGGCUAGGAAAGAGAACCAACUGAAAGAAUUAGAGGGAAUAGUGCCUGCUGCUCACAUGGGACCAGGAACAGUGCCUGGUUCUUCCAGCCAUACUAGAAAAACUCAUAAUUAAUGGGGCAUUGGGCAGAGUACUUAGGACAAUUUUGCCUCAGUAUCUGGGGGAUAAUUAGUUGGACUGGAUGACCUGUCUAUAACAAAUCAUAAAAGCAAGACCAGAAGAGAUCAAAUUUUUUCCAAGUAACUUAAGUGCAUCCCAGGAAAAACCGAAGAAGAUACAUACAAAAAAAAAAAAAAAAAAAACUCCCAAUAAGAUAAAA